AUGCUUGAUCAUAGAAGCCAGGUUCGCUACGGUUCCAAAAUUGCACUCAAACAUGUUGUUACCGGACGUUUUUUAUCUAGUAAAGAUAUCAGAUAUGACACCGGAUCAAAGCAAUAUAUGGUAUAUUGCAGCAACUGGCAAUCAGACAAGCGAACAGAUUUUUGGAUUGUAAUUCCACCUCAUAAACAAUACUGCAAGCCAGGAAAUCCAGUUGCGUUUAAUUCUAUUAUUGAAUUGAAACAUCAGCAGACCAGUCGAAAUUUGCAUUCUCAUGGUGGUAUCGAGUCACCAAUAACUAAACAACAAGAAGUCACUUGUUAUUCGGGUACCGAUAACAAUAACAAUUGGCAACUACAACGCCAUAGCACCACCAACAAAUAUGACAAUUCAGGAUAUUGGAUGAUUGGUGACACGAUUAGUUUGCGCCAUGUUAACACAAAAAAAUUACUCUCAAGCCAUGAUUUCCUAUUUGAUGAUGGAAACCAAGAAGUCACUUGUCACUCCUAUGGCCAUGAAGAAAACAAUAAGGUGAAUUAA